AAGUGAGUACACAACACAACACAUUCUUUUGUUAGUUAAUCUCUCUCUCUCUCUCUCUCUCUCUCUCUCUACAUCUAAGAGACUGUUCUAUUUUCUAGUACUUUGGUUUGGUACUAGGAUGCUUUUGUGUUUGAUGAUCUUCCUUCACAUGUAAAACGAGUUUUUGAGUUUUGUGAAUGGGGUUUAUUCUCAAAAGAAGAAAGAAGGAAAUAGAAGAAAAAGGAACAAUAGAGAUCAUGCGAAAGUCUUUCAAGGAUUCUCUCAAAGCUCUUGAAGCUGAUAUUCAAUUUGCUAAUACACUAGCUUCGGAUUGUCCAAGUGAUCAGGAUGGUGCCUACCUUCAAAUGAGAUUGUCCUACAGCCCAGCUGCACACUUCUUCCUCUUUUUGGUUCAGUGGACUGACUGUCACCUUGCCGGGGCCUUAGGAUUGCUUAAAAUUUUCAUAUACAAGGCAUAUAAGGAUGGGAAGACAACCAUGUCUAUUCAUGAAAGAAAAGCAAGUUUGAAGGAGUUCUAUGGUGUGGUGUUUCCCUCUUUAUUGCAACUUCACAGAGGAAUCACUGAUGUUGAGGAUAGGAAACAAAAACUUCUGUGUGCUACUAAGUACAAGCCUAAAGAAUUAGUAGACAAGGGAAAGAGCUCCGAAAUUGACGUAGAGAAAGAAGAAGAAGAGUGUGAUAUUUGCAUGGAGAUUACCAGUAUAGUUGUAUUGCCCAAUUGCAAUCAUUCAAUGUGUAUCAAAUGCUACCGAGACUGGCAUGCAAGAUCGGAAUCCUGCCCUUUCUGUCGGGACAGUCUUAAAAGAGUAAACUCAGGUGACCUAUGGAUGUACAUGAGCAGCAGUGAGAUAGAUGAUCUUGCUUCAAUCAACAAGGAGAAUUUGAAAAGACUAUUUAUGUACAUAGAAAAGUUGCCUCUUGUUGCUAGACCCUAUAUUCACAUGGUAUCAUCACAACUUGUGGUUGCCUCUUAGUGGAAGCUCAUUCAAACUUGAUUAUAUUUGUAAAUACAUGUUGCAUUGUCAUUGCAUUCCUUUAAUUUAUUACUCAUUUCAUUGGAAUUCAA